CAGCACCCUUCAGGGUUUCCCCAGACUCUUGCCGGCUCCACUGAAGCUGCCAGCCGCGGAGCUGCCCCCCUCUUAAAAAAACGCCUCCUCGCAAAACGCCAGCUUCAUUAACCGAAAGCGCGCCUUUCGUCUUCUCUUUUUACGGCAUGUCCCUCUUGCUCGCCUAUCAUGACUCCGUCGUCGGCAAUUUAAACCCCACGCUGCCCUUCCUUUUCGCCCGCCCGCCCGCUUCUCUCUGAACAAUCACCUGCGACAACGACAUCAACACACGACAUGGCGGGCUCCUCCAAGAUCCGCGAAUACCUCCGCGGCCCGGACUACAAGCCUGGCGAGCGCACGCUGAUCCGCAAGAUUGACUUCUUCAUUCUCACCUUCUGCUGCCUCAGCUACUUUGUAAACUACCUCGACAGAUCCAACCUCGCCAAUGCCUACGUCACCGGCAUGAAGGAAGACCUGGGCUUCGUAGGCAACCAGCUCAGUGUCAUCAACACCUGUUUUACCGUUGGCUAUGUGCUCGGCCAGAUCCCUUCCAACCUGUCCCUGCACUACGUCAAGCCGCGCAUCUGGUUCCCGCUCAUGAUGAUCCUCUGGGGCGGGCUCACUAUGGUGACAGCAUCAGUGCACAGCCCACACGCCAUCAUGGCCAUCCGCUUCUUCCAGGGAAUGUUUGAGGCGUCGACGUUUGUCGGUACGCACUAUAUCCUUGGCGCAUGGUACACGGAGCGCGAGCUCGGCAAACGUAGCGGCAUCUUCACCGCGUCAGGACUCGCGGGAACCAUGAUUGGCGGGUUCAUCCAGACCGGCUUGCAUAAUAACUUGGACGGCAGCCUGGGCCUCUCAGGCUGGCGCUGGCUGUUCAUCAUUGACGGCCUCAUGACGUUGCCUGUUGCCAUAUACGGCUUCCUGCUCUUCCCGGAUACACCACAUACCACGACCGCCAUGUACCUCUCUGAAGACGAGCGCCGGCUUGCGCGGGAGAGAGUACCCAUCGCUGAAAAGGGGUCACCAAUUACACUGGCCUUUGUGAAAAAGGUCCUCACAUCUUGGUACUGGUGGGGAUUCGUCAUCCUCUGGGUAAUUGCAGGCGAGACCGAGUCGUUUGGUAGCAACUCGCUUCUGCUGCUGUACCUGGGCAGCAAGCCUGUCUCAACAGCCUUUCACUACUCCAAGGGCCAGAUUAACAACUACAACACGGGAGUGGCUGCUGUUGGCAUUGCCUCAACGCUCUUCUGGGCGACGCUGACCGACUUCCUCGGCGGCAAGCGAUAUCUGGUCGCAUACUGGAUCGGCCUGACGGGCAUCGCAACGUCCAUUAUGCUUCUUGUGGCGGGCAAGUCGCCGCUCGAGGCAUGGUCCAAUGAUACUGUGAUGGCGGCCUACUACUGGGCCGGGUCCGUGUAUGCGUGCCAGGCUACCUUUUUCGCUUGGUGCAACGACGCCAUGCGCUACGAGGAUCCCGUCUUCCGCGGCGUCGUCCUCGCCGGUAUGAAUCUUGGCAACAACGCCGUCAAUGCGUGGUGGAGCAUUAUAUUCUACAGCAACGACCUAGCGCCCUGGUUUACGCGCGGCGCAUGGGCCAUGAUUGCAUGUGCCAUAGCGCUAAUUAUCUGGGCCGCCGUCUUGACGUUUGUUGUCAGACGUAAGAACCAACGGCGGCUAGCGCAGGAAGCGCAAGCUCUUAGUGAGUUGGCGGACAUCAAGGCCGAGCGGACCAUGAGCCACGUCCACGAGGCUAGUUAAACCAUUUUUGAUACCCUUUUUUGUACACUGUAGCGGAAUAGCGAGACCUUUUUUUUUGAUAAUGGAUGUUCUAUUAUAUAUUUAUCGUAAGGGCGUACAUGGCAUUACAUAUUAUAUAUAUACAAUUUGGUUUUGAUUUUGAAGUCAAGUCCAAUCGCGUUGUGUUGUUGGCUUAGACAGUGACGGGCUUGUUGAGCUGCAGAGUCACGGGCUUGCCGGCGAGAGUAACCCAGACGAUAGGAGGCUCGUUAGCAACCUUGUCGAUCUUGGUGUGGUCAUCGGCGCCCGUGGCGACGGUACCGUCGGGGAUGGUGACGGCAACAGGGACUGGGCACGAGUUGUCCUUGGAGCUGACGGUGACGGCAGUAAUGGUCUUGCCGUCAGCAGCAAAGGUGUAUCGUGCGCUAGGCUUGCAGUUGUCAAGCGUCAUACGGUCCAAGAAGUAGUGCGAGAACUCAUCGUGAGUCUGCGACACCAUGGGCCAGGUGGUCAGGCGCAUGAGCUCCUGGACAACAACCUCAACCCAAGUCUGGAGAAGCGACAGCUUGCCAGUCUGGUUACCCACAGUGAUGGUAGGCUGGUCAAUGCUGCGCAUGUUGGCCUGAUGGAACAUGUAGGGGUCGGCUUGGAGGUUCAGGAGGUACUGAACGUUGGUCGAGCGGAUAAGAUCUUGGUACUGGGCGUAGUUGCGGGUAAGCUUGGUGAUCUUGGUGUACUGGUGGAGCACGCAGCUAGAGGUAGCGCAGUCAAAAUACAUCUCGGUCGAGAAACGAGGCAUAAUCCAGAGACCAGCGUAGCCGUUGGUCUCAACAGUGCUCUGAAGAGGCCAGUAUUUGCUAAUGGAGUUGCGGAGAACAGGGCGGGUGUUGUCACCGACGACAUACUUGAUGCCGUUGUCCAUCCAGGCGCGGAUGGCAUCGCCAUUGUGCAUGCCAGUAAUGGCAGGGGGGAUAAUACCAUCGGCGGUGAAGCGGAUAGCCUUGUCAAUACCCAUCUGAGCCAUCCAGGCCUGGUUGAACUGGAUCUCACGGGCAGUAUCGUAGUAGGUGGCGUUGUUCAAUCCCUCGUGUGUAAAGGUGUGGGAGAUGUGGCCAAAGGCGUUGAGGUUGUCGGGGUUGCGGAACCAGUUGGCAAAGGGGUCGAGCUUGCUGCAGGCGUCGCUCCAGCCGUACUUGACGUACUUGGGAGGCCAGAUGUCGGUACCGGUACCCAUAGGCUUAACGAACUCUACAGCGGUAUCAAUUUGGUCCGGGUACUCGACGGCAUCCUGAGGGUUGCAGUACUUGUCGGCCUGUUUGUUGUCGGCAGCAGCCUCAAUGUUGCCGUUACCGUUGUGGCCGAACUCGAGGCGGAAGUCGGAGCCAGGAGGCAUACGUUUGUUGAUAUCCUUUUGCCACGAGACGAUGACAUCAAGAUCCUUGGUAUCAAUCUUGAACUCCUUGUUCUUGGGCUCGAACAUGGUGGUGUAGAGCUGCAGGUCAUCGACCUGGGGAGUCAGGUAAAGCUUACGCUUGCCGACAAACAGACUACGAGUCAUCCAGUGAAUGUAAGAGUGCUGGAGGUAGCUGGAAGCAAGAGACCACUCCGAGGCGAGCGAGGUGAACCAGACCAGAGUCUCGCGGUUGUUGACCUUGUUGACAACAGCGCCGACAGUUCUGGUGUUGAUGCCACCAGCAGGCUCAAACAUGGCCCAGGCGGUUGUGGUGGUAGUGUUUGUAAUCUUGGCCUGGUAGUGGUACAGACCGUCCAUGUUGACAGGAGCAUUGUCCUUAAGACCGGCGGCGGGAAUAGCAGCAGUGUUGACAAGGCUCAUGCCGGCGUUGACGCCGUCCUUGCAGCAGCCGUUGCCAUUGCUGUUGUAUGUGGUAGUACCAAAGUCGGCGCUGGGAAACUCAUCCACGCGGACCAUGCGAACGCGGAAAGCAUCUUGGUAGGCGUAGAGCUGGUUCCACUGGUCUGGGGUGAGAGCACUGUGGUAGUUGCUGGCCUUGUCGGUGCCGUAGUCGUAGAUGAGACCAGACACAGUGAUGAUGGCAGCAUAGUUACCGUCAGUGACGGUCGAGUUGAGCUGGGGGAGGCUAACACCGGCCUUGGGGACAAGGACAGCCUCCCAGGGGAUGCCGUAGCCGUCGAGACCAGGGCUGGUGCUGGCAACGUCGGCGUCAGAGCGAGCGAGGAUGAGCACUUUGCUGCCAAGAGUAGUGG